CUCCAUGGGCCAGGUCACUUUAGAAGACUCUGCGUUGAAUCUCCAAGCUGUGGCAAAGGAAGACCAGUCGGUGGAGUCACAACUGUUUGUAUCUGCAGCAGAUUUCAGUCAAACUGUUCUAGCAGAAAAGAAAGAAUGACUCAGAGGACAAGUCUGAUGUUCUUUCUCACCCCGUAGAAGACUGUGAGGUUGUCGGUAGCCAAACAGACAGUAGUUUAGACACAGUUUGUUCAAAUGGAAACUGUGAUCAUGAUACUAAUGAUACCAUAGCAAAGCAAGGAGAACAGGUGGAAAGGAACACAGAGAGUGGCCCAGCGCUUGAUUCACUGAGCACAAAGGAAGUUACAAGAACUUUUGACAGUGCAGAGGAAAAAUCAGCAGGUUUUUACUGGUCUGCUCUCGGACAACAAGCCAUAGAUGAAGAAGCCCUGUUAGUGGGCAAAACGGAAGACAAUCGUGACAUGACUACACGGGAUGUGAGUGUGGAAAACAGCACAGAAUCAGCCGUAGAAGAACAAGACAGUACAGUAGGUUUUAGCUUCGAUGAGACAGGUCUUAAGACUUUUGUAGACAAAGAAGCAAGCCUUCUUCAAGACAGUGAGCCUUUUGCAUCCACUGGAUUGGAUGCGAAGAACGCUUCUGAUGCAGUAGAAAUGUCUAAAGAAAGUUUCAACAAGCCUGACGGCUUUCUGAACAUGCAGGGAGGAGAAAAUGUUUCAGACAGUGACUUGUCUUUUGACGUGCAGCCCUUGGUGUACAAAGACGAGGUUGCACCAGAAGAGAAUGAACAGUUCCCCAAAGACCUAGACUUAAGUGCAGCCUCCCUCGGACAGGACAUCUUUGGGAGCAGUUUUGUCCCCACGAGCGCCAAGCUGCCGAGAGAUGAGGACUCGGUGAGCAGUAGCGUGCAGGGCGACUCAGGAGCAGACAUCACCGGGGACUGGGCAAGCUCAGAUGAAGAGGAAGAAAGCUCAGCUGGGCCAGCUAAUAAUCCAGACGAGCAAGAAAGUGUCACCAUAGUAAACAGCGACGGUGUAGCUGGUACCGAACGUUCGGACGUUGCAGGCGAAGGCAGCUCCUUUCACGACUCAGCUGCACAGUACUCGCCCAAGGGAAGCCCCAAGUUUGGCCCUCCUAAGGAUGAGCUUGAGCUGUAUCGUGAAAGGAAGGCCUCGCUCAGCGAAAGCCAAGGUUCCGAGGAUGAAGUGACCAGCCCCGCGGUGUCAGAGGUCAAGACCGUGGUCACCAACGACUUCUCGGACGACACGGAGUCCCCGGAUUCCGCCAUGUUGGUUAGUCCGUACGCGGAGGAGGACUCAAGAGACAUGGAUGAGGACAGCCUGGAGGAACAGGUGACUGUAGCAGACAGUUCACACACGGAGGACGUACCAGCGAUCGUGGUGACCAUGGAUCCGGCCACGACUGGUCCUGUACUGCUGCUGGACGACCUGGACGGACCGCAGGAGUCUACAGACCAUCCCGACAGCAGGGUGCAAGACCAGCCCGGCCGGUUCGCUGGUGAUGUCAUACGUCUGACGGGGGGUACGGAGCUGUAUGAGUCCACGACAGACGACCUCCCAGAGUCAGACACACGAGACUCCGCGCUGGCCAGCAGCAUACAGACCACCCCCCUCACCCCCUCCCCCACAUCCAUCCUACCCCCUCAGCCACAGAAAAGUGCACUCAAACAACCUGGCCGUGAGAUUGACAAGUCCAGACGUGUGUGUUUCCUGACUGAAGGCAGUUCUGUACAUGUGGAGGUCUUCAACUACACAAAGGAGCCAGAUGAGGACCUUGAGCACAUUGUCCUGAUCCGUGACAGUGAUGGGAGUUCCACAUCUGAAACCUCCGACUCAGAAAUGGACGAGGAUUCAUCUUUACAGGGUGAGUAUGACUGGGGUUCCGAUGAUGAAGAAGAGGAGGAGGAAUAUGACCUUGAGUGGGAUGACGGGAUGACCAAGGUCGUACAGGACAUGAACAACAUGGCGCCCAGCACGUCUCCCAGCUUCGUGUUCACGCAGGCCGCCAUAUCCUCCAACUACGUGGGCUCCUCCGCCGCGUACAUCCCCCGGACCACCAUGUUCAGCGCCGCGGUCGACGGUCAGAUGGAGUCACACGUCGUGGAGAGGCUGGAGUCAUCCCCCCUCCCCUCCCCAUCCUGGAGUCCAUCUCGCUUCUCUGUGCAGCCGGCUAGCUUCUCCAGCCAACCCACCAAAGCUGUUGAAGACAUCAGGGAUGACAGUGACAGUCUUGAAGUAGUUUUGUCAGAAGACGAGAGACCUGUCACGUCUCCUUGAAGACAAUAUCCUGAAAUGGGGAUCAGAAGAGCAGCAUCGCAUCUUCAGGUCCAGGUGCAGAAUUCAUGACAUUUUAGAAUGGGUAGAAACAUGCAUCACUGGUUAGAAAUACUAAUGGUCAAGUGAAAAAUGAAUGAAAUACUUGAGAAUC